UGAUGUCAUGUAAUGGAUUUUAGCCUUUAUCCUCUUAGAUUUACGCUAAAACUACAAGGGUUGCAAGAUAGUUGAAGGUAGAAAUAUUUACAUGUCAAAGGCAAGCACACAAGCAUCAAAUUGAGUUAUGGACCCAUGUUCUUGGUCUAAAUGGGCCAGGCCCAUUAUAAAACUUCCAAGAGCGAUCACAACGAAGAAAAGGUCGUCCCAUUAAUGGCGGGGAUGAGUCUGUUGGCUCAGCCGUAUGAGAAUCGGUAUGAUGUUAUCUUCUCUGGUUCCUCUGCAACUUCCAUCUCGGAUGCAAACUCAUCUCUGGUAUAUGUUACCAAACGAAGUGAAGAGCGAGUCUCUUCUAAAACACUACACUCAGCUUCUCUCACAACAGGAGAAAGAUAGUAUCUUUGGAAUGCAAAGUGAUGCGCUUAAGAAGAAGAAUGCAUUGCUUGCUCGCACCUUGGUUCGAACCACAGUGGCAAGAUAUCAGACAAACAACAACAACGACACUGUGGUGGAUCCAAGAUCGUUGAAGUUCAAGAAGAACCUGUACGGAAAGCCUGAAGUAGAUGGGGAGGUUGAUACUACUACUAAUUAUCCUAAACUGAAGUUCAACAUCUCACACACGGAUUCAUUGAUAGCCUGUGGAGUAACAGUAAACGUUCCGGUUGGUAUUGACGUUGAAGACAAGACAAGGAAGAUGAGAAACGAUGUGUUAUCACUUGCAAAGAGAUUUUACUCGUCUGAAGAAGUUAAGUUUAUGUCAAGUAUAGCAGGUACUGAGGCUCAGCGUAAGGAGUUUAUAAAGCUAUGGACUCUCAAAGAAGCUUAUGUGAAAGCAUUAGGGAAAGGCUUCUCUGCUUCACCUUUUAAUACUUUCUCAAUCAUCCGGUCCGAGGCUGCUAAAAACUACAGAAUCCAACUUUUCACACUUUUGAUCUUCUGAAAAAAAAGCUAUGAAACCAACAAUGGUUUUGAUCUAAAGAUUUCACUAACCACUUUGUAUCAAAGCCCACAUAAAAAAAAAAA